AUGUCAACUCAAUUGCCCAACCCUCCGACGCCAAAGGGGUCGCGAAACAAUCGACGCAAUUCGAAGAGGACCUUGACACCCUCUACUCAGAAAGUCGCCAUACUGGCAACCCCUCCCUCGUCGCCGCCAAGGAACUCCAGUCCUGGCGGGACCGCCACCGAUUCCUCGAUUAAUAUCAACGCCACCAAGAAGAAGCACAGUCGGUCCGGCAAGAAGCCGCGCGACGCAUCCAAAGCAUCCCCAGCGCCUAAUGGGCACCGUCAUACUACUUCUCAACCUAAUAAUACCAUCGCCACCCCGCAAGUAAAAGACAGCCCUCAUUACGCCGGCCCGACUUUCCAUGCAUCUCCAGCACCGUCGGCACUACCUAUCCCCAGUUUCUUCUCCAAGUCUCUACCAGAGUCGGAUCUUGCACCGGCCUUAGAGUCCGACGGUGAUCAUCUCGAUGCUGAGCCGGAUCUGGAGAACACCCCCUCAAAGCCGAAGUCGCGCCCACAGUUUCAGGAGGAAGAGCGUCAGUCAACACCCUUGGAUUUUCUCUUCAGAGCUGCAGUCGAGGCCAGAAACCCCCAGCAGCAACAGCAGCGAAGCCCCGAAGCAAGCAGUCGGGUCCGGUCGCCACAGACUGAUUCUAAGACCCUUCAACACCGUAGGCCCAAUGGCACUGCUAAUGGGCUCUUCCGGUUGGAGAUGGAAAGCCCGGAGUUCCAGCAUUCGCAAAUUGGGCCUUCCUUUGCGACCUCUUACAAGGACCGUAUGAACGCGUUACGAUCGGCCAGCUCACCUUCUCCUCCGGUAUGUGAUUUCGAUGAACAGGAGAAGAGAGCUAAAACCGAAGCUUUGAAAACUUUGUUGCUCAACCCUCGCCCCCAGAGACCCUCGUCUGCAUCUAUCACGGCUCAAGAUCACAGCAACCCAGUGAUGGAGCGGCCUGCUUCAAAUCCCGGCGUACCUCACUUUGCAACGCCAGUGAGAACGACUUCUGGACCCCCCGCUUCUAUCUCUCAUGGUAUGUCAUAUGAUCAGAAACAAACUUUCGUCGGAAAUGGUCGGCACUAUUCCUCAUCCUAUACGCACUCGAAUGCUGCUCAGCAGUACCACUUGCAAAACUCUCCGUUGAGGAAAGAAGUUCUUACUUCGAAAGUCGAAAAUAUGCCGAGCGUUCAUGGCCAAGCUUUCUACCCUCCAGCCGCGUACGACCAGCCCAAAUCUCCUCCUAAGUAUGCACAAUAUCCUACGUAUUAUUCUCCUCCGCAGCACCAAUCUCCUGUCUCACGGAGCGUGUCAGUGAGCAACAACGCGCAGCCUUAUGACACGAAGAAGAUAGAAGAUGAUCUGCGAAGGAUCUUGAAGCUUGAUGUGAACCCUACCAUGCCAGCCAACGGCAUGCAAAGCUCUUUCGCCUGA